AGCGCAGGUUGAAGGACCUUAAGGAACUUGGUUUCCUGCGUUCUGUUGGGGUUGCUCAGUCCUCUUUGGAGCCUAGGUCUAUAGUAGACCCCAACUCCAGGCUCACUGAGGUUCAUGCUCAAAGAGGGUGGAUCUGGGCCCACACACUACUCUGUAGUGAGAAGCCCCACCAGCAGUUGCAGAAGGACUGUUCUGCCUGGGGGGACGGCGAUAAGAAGUCCCGCUUCACCCCUGCUUCACCCCUGCUUCACCCCUUCGAGGGAUAAAGGUUGGCUCCUAUUCUUAGGGCCCCAUGUACUCAGAAGUGUGUAGGCUGAGGAACUGGGCCGUGCAAGCGGCAUUGGGGAAGAACCCUCACAUGGUGACUGGGAAGUGACUAGAAGCUUCUGGGGAAGGGUCCUGUGAGAGGGCUGUGUUGGGAGGUGGGUCAGCAAAGUUCCCCGUUGCUUGAGGCUGAGUUUCCUUUGUCAGAAAACUCAAGACCAGCACCGAAGUAUUUGAAGUGCCCUGGGGGGCAGACAAGCUUCCACAGGGUGUCCCUGCAGGCUGGGACUGUACGAAGGGGGACUCGCUAGUGUUCUCGUACUGCUACUGCUGUGGCUGAGGCUUCCUCUGGUGUUCUGGGACUGGCCCUCCCAAAUCACCCUCCUCAUUACUCUUGGUACCUCCCUCUGGCUGACUGGGUUUCUCUUUCAUUUUCCCUUCUUGCUAAUGAGCUGAGGAGGUAUUUGUGUGCAGCCCAGGCCCACGGGGCUCCGGGCCUUCAGUAUCUUGGUCAGGAGCAUGGAACCUCUGCCAGGAUGGGAGUCUUCACCCUGGAGCCAGGCCCCCACAGCCAACACCUUCAGGCUGGGGCUGUGUGUCUUCCUUUUGAACUUCCUGUCCUGUGUCGCUGUUGAGCCCUUAUGCAAAGAGGAGGAGUAUUCUGUAGGGGACCAGUGCUGCCCCAUGUGCAGCCCAGGUUACCAUGUGAAGCAUGCCUGCAGUAAUUGGACAGGCAUAGUGUGUGCCCCCUGUCCCCCACAGACAUAUACUGCCCAUGCAAAUGGCCUGAGCGAAUGCCUGUCCUGCGGAGUCUGUGAUCCAGACAUGGGCCUAGUGACCUGGCGGGAGUGCUCCAGCAGGGAGGACACUGUGUGCCGCUGUAUCCCAGGCUACUUCUGUGAGACCCAGGAGGGAGACCACUGUUCCACGUGCUUGCCACACACCAACUGCUCUCUGGGACAGAGGGUACUAGAGAGAGGUAAUCACAUCCAGGACACUGUCUGUGCUGACUGCCCGACAGGGACCUUCUCACUUGGAGGGGCUCAGGAGGAAUGUCUGCCCUGGACCAAGUGCGAUGCAUGGUAUCAGAAAGCAGAACAUGGGACCAGCAGCACAGAUGCCACCUGCUCCUUCUCCGGGCUAUUCUACUUUAUUUGUUUCAGCCCUUUGGGCUUUAUUUUGGUGUUGGUGGUUGUCGUAAUAGUCGUCUACAUUAGAAGAAAGACAUCACGUACCAGACCGGUGGCCAGGGAACUGGAGCCCUUGCAGAACUAUGCAGCUCCUGGCGUGGUGCCUGAGAGGCAGGACUUCACCCUGGGUUUCUCUGGCAGAGGCAGGAACAACACAACACUGUGAAGCUUCCCGUCGCUGAGGUUGGGUCUGCUGCAAUUGAGGAGACAGCUUUCAACCGUGUGAAUUCUGGGUGAUGAGCACCUUGGAGACCCUGGAUGGAAACUUCCAUAUGCUGCGGAGCACGACUGCUGCCCUGGGCUGCUCCAGCACCACACUGCAGUGGAGAUGUGGUUUGGCUCAGAGUCGAAGAGUUUGCCAUUCUUACUGUCAAAUGGGAUCUGGGAGCCUCUAUAUUUUCCCAUCUGCUCCCAUGGGUCCCUCCAUCUAAACUCCUGGGAGGUGGUGACUCAAAACCUCCAGUAUCAAUGACAGCUACCACUGACCCUACUGCCCCGCUAUUCUGUCAGCUCACAGCAUUCAGUUUAAACCCUAGGCUGCUGCCUGCCCUGGAGAACAGGUGGGCUGGUGAGCAUGGCCUCUCGGGUCUGGGGAGCACCCCAUGAGACGUGAACCAGGGAAUUCGUUUUUGAGGGUCUGGGGAGCACCCCGUGAGACAUGAACCAGGGGAUUUGUUUUUUGAGGGUCUGGGGAGCACCUCGUGAGACUUGAACCAGGGGAUUCAUUUAUUUUGAGGGUUCUGGGGCUGCAAUCCCGACCUUGCCCAUGCAAGGCUUUGCCACUGAGCUAUAUUCCCAGCUCUCUCUUCAUUUUUAUUUUGUGGCAGAAUUAUAUGAAAUUGUCUGGGAUCACUUUGGACUCAUUCUGUACUUGGGGCAAGCCUCAAACUUGACCUCUCUACCUCAGCCUUUCAAGUAACUGCGAUUACCUCAGUGGGCCUCCAGGCUGGGACAAGAUUCUUUUCUGUUCUUUUCUUCUCUUUCUGGUGUGUGUGUGUGUGUGUGUGUGUGUGUGUGUGUGUAUGCGUAUGCAGGCUAGAGGUCCCUUGUGUGAUAUUCCUUAGUAGCUAACUAUCUUGAGUCAGCCUGGGGCUCACCAAUUCAGCUAGACUAUUCUGUCCCUGAACCCGUCUCUGUCUCCUCAGUGCUGGGAGAAUAGGCACAUAGCACUACACCAAACUUUUUAAGUGGGUUCUGGGGAUGAACUCGGGUUCACGAAGUCAUAUCCUUAAACUUGUGGGGCAGCUUAGUGACUGAACCAUUCCCUCGCCUCAGAAGGAUUUUCUAAAUUACAUUUGUAUCUUCUCUUAUUUUUCUACUUGUUAUAAGAAAUAAUAAAUAUUUUUGUUACGUG